GCUCCGUGCACCUCAAACGCUCCUUUCCCUGGUGCUGUCCCCUGCCCCUCUCCCUGACUUCCCUCUUCUCAACUACAAGAUUCAGCCUCUCCCUAAGGGGCUUGAGCAUCCUCAAGGUUUCCCACCCUUCACUGCUCCGUCCCCGGAUGGAGCCAGAGAAAUGUGGUGGGGGGGUCGGGGCCAGAGUUUCAACAUCGCCCCCCAGAAGGCGGAGCCAGACAUGGGGCUCUCUGGACCAAAGCCUGUCCAGAGGACUGGGAUGCUGGAGUCCAGGAGUUGUCAGCUUGGCAGUCACCUGGCCUUGGGAUGCCUCCCAGGGGAGCAGAUCCUAGCAUGGGCCCCAGGGGUGAGGAAGGGGCUGGAACCUGAAUUGCCUGGAACCCUGAUCUGCACCAACUUGAGGGUCACCUUCCAGCCCCGUGGAUGGCAACGGAGUCAGGAGACUCCCCUGAGCAGUGAAUAUGAUUUUGUCCUGGUCAACAUUGGGCGAUUAGAGGCUGUGAGUGGCCUGUCCAGAGUCCAGCUCCUCCGUCCAGGGUCCCCACUUAAAUUUACCCCUGAGGAGAUCCUCAUUCAUGGCCGAGAUUUCCGGCUGCUCAGAGUUGCUUUUGAGGCUGGAGGACUAGAGCCUCAGGCCUUUCAGGUGACCAUGGCCAUUGUCCGAGCCAGAGCUCAGAGCAGUCAAGCCCAACAGUAUGCAGGGAUAUCCCUGAGCAAGGCUGGCCAGAGUUCAGGGCCCAGAAAACCACCUGUUCCCCUCUUGGAGACAUCAGAAGACUGGGAGACUGAGCGGAAAAAGCAGGGGGCUGGGAGCUGGAGGGUCAGCCCUGUCAAUGAGAGGUUCGACGUAGCCACCAGCCUCCCCCGUUACUUCUGGGUCCCUAAGCGAACUUUGGACAGUGAGGUCAGGAGAGCAUUUGGCCACUUCCAUCAGGGCCGUGGACCGCGCCUGUCCUGGCAUCACCCUGGGGGCAGUGAUCUUCUCCGCUGUGGUGGCUUCUAUACAGCCAGCGACCCUAACAAGGAGGAUAUCAGAGCAGUGGAGUCAAUGCUCCAGGCUGGGCAUUCAGAUGUUGUCCUGGUGGACACUGUGGAUGAGCUGCCUAGUCUUACAGAUGUCCAACUUGCCCACUUGAAGCUGAGGGCCCUCUGCCUGCCUGAUUCAUCUGCAGCCGAGGAGAAAUGGCUCUCAGCCCUGGAAGGGACACGAUGGUUGGAUUAUGUCAGGUCUUGUCUUCGAAAGGCCAGUGACAUCUCAGUCUUAGUGACAUCCAGGGUUCGCUCUGUAGUACUCCAAGAGCGCGGUGAUCGUGAUUUCAAUGGCCUCCUCUCUUCACUCGUCCAGCUGCUUUCAGCCCCUGAAGCCCGAACACUGCUUGGCUUCCAAUCACUAGUGCAGCGAGAGUGGGUGGCAGCUGGACAUCCCUUCCUGACCCGACUUGGGGUAACUGGAGCCAGUGAAGAGGCUCCAGUGUUUCUCCUCUUCCUUGAUUGUGUCUGGCAGCUCCUCCAGCAGUUUCCAGCUGAGUUUGAAUUCUCAGAGUUUUUCCUUCUUGCUCUUCAUGACAGUGCCAGGGUUCCCGACACUCUCACAUUCUUAAGAGAUACUCCCUGGGAGCGUGCAAAGCAGAGUGGACAGUUCAACUCCUAUACACAAAUCUAUACUGCAGGGUACUCCCAACUCCCUGCUGGGAACUCCGUUAACCCACAGCUGUCUGUCUGGGACUGGGAUUUACGCUACAGCAGUGAACAGAUACUACAAUUCCAUAACCCUGGCUAUGACCCGGAACACUGCCCAGAUUCCUGGCUCCCUAGACAGCAGCCAAACUUCAUGGUUUCUGGACCCCCCAGUUCUGUGUGGCUCUUCUCCAGAGGGGCUCUGACCCCCCUGAAUCAGCUCUGUCCUUGGCGGGACAGUCCCUCCCUGCUGGCAGUCUCUUCUCGUUGGCUCCCUCGACCUGCUAUCUCCUCUGAAAGCCUGGCUGAUCAGGAGUGGGGGCUCCCCUCACACUGGGGAGCUUGCCCUUUACCCCCAGGGUUGCUGCUGCCUGGGUAUCUGGGACCCCAGAUCAGGCUGUGGAGACGCUGCUACCUGAGGGGAAGGCCUGAGGUACAGAAAGGCCUCUCAGCUCCCACAAUCUCUGGCCUCCAGGAUGAGCUAUCCCAUCUUCAGGAGCUUUUAAGGAAAUGGACACCAAGAAUAUCUCCUGAGGAUCACUCCGAGAAAAGAGAUCCAAAUACCAUUGUCUCCCAAUCCCGUUGAAAUCGCUUUUUUAUGGGCACGGCAGAGGGUGAUCUGGGGUGAGGGAGGGUUCUUUUUAAUCUUCCAAUUUUUCUUAUCUGUUCUUGCUGUCUCAGCUUUUGACACUCCAGCCCUCAACAAGCUCACUGACCUGGCUUUCCGUUGCAGAGGGGUGGCGCUAACCUUCUCCCAACAAGAGUUGCCCUGUCCUGUUUCGUUCUUCGAGAUAGGUUUCUUAGGAUUUCAGGAAUUAAGAAACAAAAGCAAUCCCGAAUACGAUUACCUUUGUUUUUUUUCAGGGCAAUUCUAUCCCUUUGGAUAUCCAGCUGUUAAAAUUGUGAGAUGAGAGAUGCUGUUCAUCAGUUCUAACAAGAUGGCCUACAGAACUCAUUCUCACCUCCUCUUGCUGCUUCUGUAAUUCCAAUUUCUGUUUCUUCCCUUUAGUUUUCUAUGGGUAUGCAGUGGGUAUGGGAGGCACCCUGUCUUUGCCAAUUGUAUAUUUUGUAGUAACAUUUCUAUUUAAGGAGUUCAUUAAAAACAGUAUUUAUACAC